AUGAACGUGGGGGAGACGGGAAGGGGCGACGGCGUGAAAACCAGACGGAGACGGAUGACAGGGGGAGAGAAGAGAAGUGGAGGAAGAAGAGAAAGAGGAGUGAGGAUGUCGGAGAGGGUUGCUUCGUGUGGAAGCCUGUAUGACAGCACCAACCUGCUGCUACAGUACUGCAACAACGAUGACACGGUGUCGGCCAGCAGCAACAUGGACAUGGAGGACCGCGUCUCCCACCUGGAGCAGCGGCUGCAGCUGCAGGAGGACGAGAUCCAGCUGCUCAAGUCCGCCCUGGCGGACGCCCUGCGCCGCCUGGGCUGCUGCGAGGAUCAGAGCCAGGGCCCCCCCGCCGGAGGGGCCCGCGCUGGCAGGAGGCCCCUGGCCGCCGCCGCGUCCAUGGCUCCCACCAAGGUGCGUCAGCUCCUGCAGUCUCUCCCCUCCAAACCCGUGAGCAACGGUUACAUCCAGCAGAAACGCCUCCUGUCCUCCCCGUCGUCUCCGAGGAAGGAAGUGCUGCAGUCCAUAAAGAGAAAGAGCAUGUCCACAGAGCGACUUACCCUGGCCAGGAGAGAGAUGGCAGCAGAGAGCCGCAGUCGGACCACGUCCUCCAGCAGCUCCUCGGGUGGCAAAAGUAAAUCCAAAGAGUGCACGUUCAACGGCGAGGACGGCUACGUGCGGAUGUUCCUGCGCGGCCGACCCGUCACCAUGCACGUCCCCGACCAGCAGAGGGACGGCUACGCUCUGGACCAGAAGGUGGCGCUGCCGGAGAGCAAGCUGAAGCUGGAGUGGGUGUACGGCUACCGCGGCCGGGACUGCCGCUCCAACCUGUACCUGCUGCCCACCGGGGAGAUCGUGUACUUCAACGCCUCGGCGGUGGUUCUGUACAACACGGAGGAGCAGCAGCAGCGGCACUACCUGGGCCACAACGACGACGUCAAAUGCUUGAGCGUGCACCCCGACAUGGUUACCAUAGCAACGGGGCAAGUGGCUGGAAACUCUAAAGAUGGAAAGCUGCUGGCGCCGCACGUCCGGGUCUGGGACUCGGUGAGCCUCAACACGCUGCACGUGCUCGGCAUGGGCGUGUUCGACAGAGCCGUCACCUGCGUGUCCUUCUCCAAGUCGAACGGCGGCAGCUUCCUGUGCGCCGUGGACGACGCCAACGACCACAUCCUGUCGGUGUGGAACUGGCAGAAGGAGAAGCAGCUGGCGGACGUGAAGUGCUCCAACGAGUCGGUGCUGGGCGCCGUGUUCCACCCCAUGGACGCCAACCUGAUCGUCACCUGCGGGAAAUCUCACCUCAACUUCUGGACCGUGGAGGGAAACACGCUUACCAAGAAGCAGGGCGUGUUCGAGAAACACGAGAAGCCCAAGUACGUGCUGUGCGUGGCGUUCGCUGAGAACGGGGACACCAUCACGGGAGACUCCAGCGGGAACAUCUACGUCUGGGCCAGAGGCGGGAGCCGCAUCAGCCAGGCGGUGCCGGCCGCCCACGAGGGCGGCGUCUUCUCCGUCUGCGUCCUGAAGGACGGCACCCUGGUGUCGGGGGGCGGGAAGGACCGCAAGGUGGUUCUGUGGGACCACAACUACAAGAGACAGGCCGAGAUGGAGGUGGGCGACUCGCUGGGCCCGGUCCGGGCUCUGACCGAGGGGAAACCCGGAGAACUCUUUGUGGGAACCACCAAGAACGCCAUCGUCCGAGCCGCCUUCCCCGACACCCUGGUCCCCAUCGUGCAGGGCCACACGGACGAGCUCUGGGGGCUGGACGUCCAUCCCUCCGCGCAGCAGUUCGUCAGCUGCUCGCAGGACAAGCAGGUCCACCUGUGGGACACCGGCAGCCACCAGCCGGUCUGGAGCAAGACCAUCGAGGAUCCCGGGAGGUCUGCAGGGUUCCACCCCAGCGGGGCGGUUCUGGCCGUCGGCACCAUGACUGGAAGAUGGCUGGUGCUGGACACCGACACCCGGGACCUGGUCUCCAUGCACACGGACGGGAACGAGAUCAUCUCCAACGUGAAGUACUCGCCAGAUGGAAACUUCCUGGCGGUGGCGUCCCACGACAACUUCGUCUACAUCUACGCCGUGACGGAGGGCGGCCGCAAGUACAGCCGCUCGGGGAAGUGUGUGGGCCACUCCAGCUUCGUCACCCACCUGGACUGGUCCUCGGACAGCCAGUACCUCGUCACCAACUCAGGGGACUACGAGAUCCUCUUCUGGGAGGCGUCCAGCGGGAAACACGUCACCAGCAUGGACGCGGUGCGGAACCUGGACUGGGCCAGCUCCACCUGCACGCUGAGCUUCAGCACCUUCGGAAUCUGGCCGGACGGCGCCGACGGCACCGACAUCAACGCCGUGUGCAGGUCACCUGACGGAGCCCUGCUGGCCUCCGCCGACGACUUCGGCAAAGUGCACUUGUUCUCCUUCCCCUGCUGCCAGCCCAGGGCUCCGAGUCACGAGUACGGCGGCCACAGCAGUCACGUGACCAACGUUGCCUUCCUGCACGACAGCAGCCGCCUGAUCUCCACCGGCGGGAAGGACACCAGCAUCCUGCAGUGGGCGGUGGUGUAGCCGUGCCCCCCGGCGGGUCUGGUCCCCCGUGGGCCGGGACCAGCACCCCGUGUGACCCCCCCCCCCCUCGCCUCGCCACGCCACUCCCCUGCCACCAGGUGGCAGCACCCGUCUGUGCCUACCGGAAGCUUCAAACGCCGCCCUCGUACCCCACACAGAUCACGAGCAUCACCGUAACGAUUAGACCUCUGCAGGCCGUGACCUCAUGAUUCCUAGCGUUACUAAUCGCCGUGCCUCAGCUUUAUCAACCUUAACACCCUUUAAUGGGAACCCCAUGCCGUUUUAAAUGCCAGGUUGGUGCUGCGUUUCAGCUCUUCAUUCCCUCACCUCGUAUCUUCACCAGUUCCCAUUUAUCCUACAGAGUACACUGAACGGGGGGGGGGGGGCACCAAUUAACCAUUAAUGUCACAGAGGAGGUGUAGGGAUGUGAUGGAUGCAUGUUUGGGUCUGCAGAGCUGAAGCUUGGCCCCGACCCCUGGAGAUCAUGCACUCGUUUAUCGCCUUUAGGCCUGAUGCUCACUUGUGCAGGGGUAUAUAACAGAAUGUAAACACAGAAAAGGGCGAUAAGAGCUCGUGAUGCAUGCUUGGAGGAAUCCUGAGCAGAGGGAUCACCUACGGACCUGAGAUGGACGGGGUUCACCAUUUUAGCAGAGUAAAUAUUAACCCCCUCGCCUCGUUUCCCUUCACUUCUCAGUCCUCUAGUCUGAUUUCUAACCUCCGUAGGUCCGGUUUGUUUGUGAUUACUGCAACUGAAGCUAGUGUAACGAUACCAAGUGUCUGUUUCAUUUCACCCCCCCAGUCCGUGGCUGCAGUGUUUGAUUGUACUACUGCUGUAACUGCGCUGCAGAGCCGCCAGAGGGCGCCAGAGAGCGACUGAGGCUGCGCUCCUCACGACGACGCUGUCAAUGUUGCAAAAGGUCUCCAGAGUAAAUAUAUAUAUACAUAUAAAUAUAUGUAUUAUGCAGUAUAUCCGAGUGGCUGUGUUAUUUUAAUAUUUAACUAAAACAGUAAUGAUGUUAAUGUGGCACUUUUAGCACUCAGAGAGGUGAUGUAUGUGUUGUAGGUUGCUGCUUGAGCUGUGCUUUGUCUUCUUCUGUUUUGUUAAUAAAGUUUUUUACCCAUGUA